AUGUCAAACGAACGAAGGCCCCCUCAAGUGCAAUCCUCCCGACCAGUGCAUGUGCACUCAGUGCCUGCUCUUCCGAUAAUCUCCCGGGAUUCAAGUGACGUAGCAGCAUUGAAGCAGCGUGUGGCAGUUCUUGAACGACUAGUCGCUGAAGGAGACCGUCCAAAGAAACGCUCCUCUGUCACCAUCGACCAUGCUGAUUAUAAGCUGAGAAGACUUAUUCGUAAGCAUUACGAAGCAAAUUUUGCAAAUGACCCAAAUCUCUGCUUCGAUUUGAAUAAAUUCGUCUUUGAGAAGCCAAAUAAGAACGUCGUGAAGGCCUUGCAGGAUUACAUCGCCAACAUUUCCAGUGACGAGAGGGAGCCUGACUGGACUCCCGAAUUCGUAUACCAAAAGUGCCGCAGUUACCUGAAUGGGCUGCGAAGUAAGGCAAAAAAAAGCCCAGAAGACCUCCAGAACGAAAGUCGCACCAAUGCUACCCGGCAAAAACGGGAUCGCAAAUGCCAGGCCCGGCUCAAUGCCUUCAGGGCAAAUGAAGGCCUAACUACAUCUUUCCCUGGGGCUGGAAAGCUCCUCGACAAGCGAUUGAUGUCUGACAAGGAGGAUGUGAAGGACGAAGACGGUUUCGUCGUGAAGACAAAGAUGCUUCGGCCCAACUGGAGAAGUCCUCAGGCAAAUGCCUUUUUGGAUGAGCUUUCAAAGCUCGCGGAAAAGGACAAGUUGUCGCAGCAGAAGAAACGCGUCAAAGUAGUGCGUAUUCCGAAAGAAUAUGUGCUGGUGGAUCAGCACGUUGAUGCAGAACUUUUGGAGGAGCUUCCCGAUGAGGCGAAAAGACAAUAA